AUGCCACAGCUAGUAGGGUCCUUGCAAUGGAUCCGCAAUAUCGUCUUGAUCCCUCCAGAAACCAUGACCCCCCUCUACGAUCUCUUAAAAGGAAAGAAGCCAUGGGAAGAAAAAACUCUAACGGCAGAAGCAAUGAAUUCUCUCGACUUCAUCGAGAAACAGGUAUCAUCAAGUGCACUUGUCAGAUGGAACCCAAGUUUACCACUCGAUCUGUACGUGCACUUCACGGAAGGAGGGGGAGUAGGGGCAUUGGCCCAGGGACCCCCUGAAAAAGCUAAACCAAUACAAUGGAUAGUCCUGGGGAAAUCAUCACGUGCGUUCUCCCCAGGAGUGGAGUGCAUAGGUAACCUCAUCAUGAAGGGCAGGAAACUCGCCCUAAGACAUCUAGGCAUCGAACCUGCCACAAUAUACAUACCCUUUCGUAAGCAGGUCCCGAUGAAAUCAGUGGCAAUGUCAGAACAUCUAGCUAUAGCCCUCGUUGGAUUUGGAGGGGAAGUCCGGUACGCCGCGAAACCCCCUUGGACUCAAAUGCUGGCAGUUGUCGACAUCGACCUUCCAGGGAAGGUCAUGGACCGGCCCCAGUCGGGACCAACGGUCUUCACAGACGCAUCCUCAGUGACCUCAACUGCAGUAGCAGUAUGGCAAUCAGGAGGAGAAUGGCACUGCAUUAAAAUGACCGAUCGUGCGCUUUCAGUUCAACAGCUGGAAGCAGCGGCCGUAGUGUUAGCGUGCGGCCUGUUCCCAACAGAACAUCUCAACAUAGUAACAGAUUCAAUGUUCGUGGCCAAGCUUUGCUUAGCCAUGUCAGGGCCAGGCGUGUCAACAUCUCCAAUAGCUCUAAUGCUAGAAGAAGCGCUCUUUUCCCGACAAGGUACCAUAUCGAUCAUCCACGUCAACAGCCACGAUCCAAUUAAAGGGUUUUUCCAAACAGGUAACGAUAAAGCGGACGCCGCCGCUAAAGGAGUGUGGACACUAAGAGAUGCCCGUCAACUACACGAAUCCCUCCACAUAGGAGCUAAAGCGCUAGCCAGGAGAUGUGGGAUUUCAGCCACAGACGCGAAACACAUAGUAGCUACAUGUCCCCAUUGUCAAAAAGCACCACUGUGGUCCAGCGGAGUCAACCCCAGAGGCCUCAAAGCCUCCGAGGUGUGGCAGUCAGACUUUACGCUCUGUCAGUUACUGAAACCUCGAGCGUGGUUAGCGGUAACCGUAGACACAUAUAGCGGUAUGAUCGUAGCUACACAACACCUUAAGGUCGACUCUAAAACAACCAUCCAACAUUGGCUAACGGCCAUGGCGUGGCUCGGUGUCCCUAAUCAGAUCAAAACAGACAAUGGUCCAAAUUUUGUAUCUAAAUCAGUCCAAGCAUUCGCUCAGAAAUGGGGUAUUACUCUGGUACAAGGUAUCCCAUAUAAUAGCACAGGACAAGCCAUAGUCGAGCGAGCGAACCAAACUUUGAAAUCAAAAUUGGAGGUACUAGCAAAAUCAGAAGGUUUUACUAACGCUAUUCCCUCAGGAGAUCAGGCGCGCUUGUUAGCAACCGCUUUAUUAGCGCUAAACCAGUUCCCCAGAGGAGAUGAAGUAAAUAGUCCUGUCCAAAAACAUUGGGCCACUAGAGCGCUAGAAGAAGGCCCGUUAGUUGUAAUUAGAAAUGAGCUGGGAGAAUGGGAACAAGGGUGGAGGUUAGUCCUUACAGGGCGAGGAUAUGCCGCGGUUAAAAAAGAUGGCAUAAUCAAAUGGUGUCCGCUUAGGUCUAUUAAACCAGACCUUCAGAAUAAAACUGAUGACACUAACGAAAAUUGUGAGUUUCUGUUUACAGAACCGGAUCAUCAGACACCCUCGUAACCCGUAUACUUUGGUGGCGAAAGAAGUUGACAAGCCAACAAUCCUGUCUAAGCCUGGAAACCGACAUCGACAGAAACCAAGCAAUGGCAAAAUAGCCUUU